AAUGAACCAAAUGGCUGUUUAAUGCGCACAAAAACAGCAUCAAACAACCCAACACUCCUUUCAAGCAUUUUCUUUCCUUUUCUCUCUUUCUUUGAAUGAUUCUACCCUGUAUAUUGGGUGAGAAAUCGAAUCCGAGAAAAACUAGGCCCAAGUACCACGUAAUCGUAGACGAGAGGAAGAAGGGAAAGCAAAUUCUAGAGAGAGAGGAAACGAGGGCCAGAGAUUUUGUGGAAGAGCGAUCUCAGCGGUGAACGCUACAGAUGGGCACACUUCAGAAAUGGAGGAAAGCCUAUGGUGCUCUCAAAGACUCCACCAAAGUCGGCCUCGCCCAUGUCAAUAGCGAUUACGCGGAUUUGGAUGUGGCUAUAGUGAAGGCUACGAACCAUGUUGAGUGUCCACCCAAAGAGAGGCACCUUAAAAAAAUCUUGCUUGCUACAUCAGCAGUUCGGCCUCGAGCAGAUGUUGCUUAUUGCAUUCAUGCUCUUGCCCGACGGCUUGCAAAGACUAGUAAUUGGACGGUUGCACUUAAAACACUCAUAGUUAUCCAUAGAGCAUUGAGGGAGGGUGAUCCUACAUUCAGAGAAGAACUUUUGAAUUUUUCACAAAGAGCACGCAUUCUUCAACUUUCAAAUUUUAAAGAUGAUUCAAGCCCCAUUGCCUGGGAUUGCUCAGCCUGGGUGCGUACGUAUGCACUGUUUUUGGAGGAAAGACUCGAAUGCUUUAGGGUUCUUCAGUAUGACAUUGAAGCAGAGCGUCUCCCAAAACCCGGCCAAGGGCAAGAUAAGGGUUACAGCAGAACUAGGGAAUUGGACAGUGAAGAGCUUUUAGAGCAAUUGCCUGCUUUACAACAACUGCUGUAUCGUCUCAUUGGUUGUCGGCCAGAAGGUGCUGCUGCUAGCAAUUAUGUUAUACAGUAUGCCCUGGCUCUGGUAUUGAAGGAGAGCUUUAAAAUAUAUUGUGCUAUUAAUGAUGGAAUCAUCAAUCUUGUUGAUAAGUUUUUUGAGAUGCCAAGACAUGAUGCUGUGAAAGCCCUUGAUGUAUACAAGCGAGCUGGCCAGCAGGCUAAUGCCCUUUCUGAUUUCUAUGAAUGUUGUAAAGGAUUGGAGCUAGCUAGAAACUUCCAGUUUCCUGUUCUGAGAGAGCCACCACAAUCUUUUCUAGUAACCAUGGAGGAGUAUAUUAAAGAGGCACCGCGUGUGGUUUCUGUUCCAACUGAACCAUUGCUUCAACUGACAUACCAUCCAGAAGAAGGUCCUUCUGAAGAUGCCAAAGUAUCCAAUGAAGAACCAGAGUCACCAGUGCCUGUUAAUAAUAAUGCUGUUGCUGUUGAGAAUGCUCCUCCCCCACCACCUCCUCCUCCUCAGAACAAGGACACUGGAGACUUGCUGGGCUUGAGUCAUUCCUCACCAGAUGCUGUUGCCAUUGAGGAAAGUAAUGCAUUAGCGUUAGCCAUUGUUCCAAUUGAAUCUGGAACUGCUUCAGCAUUUGAUUCUAGGACUAAAGCAAAAGACUUUGAUCCUACUGGAUGGGAACUUGCCCUGGUUACUACACCGAGUACCAACAUUUCUUCUGUCACUGAGAGGCAAUUGGCGGGUGGAUUGGACACUCUCACCCUCAAUAGUUUGUAUGAUGAUGCUGCAUAUAGAGCAGCCCGGCAGCCUGUCUAUGGAGCCCCCGCUCCAAACCCAUUUGAGGUGCAUGAUCCAUUUGCAAUGUCAAACAGCAUUGCUCCCCCCACAGCAGUUCAAAUGGCGUCAAUGGUUCAACAACAAACCAAUCCAUUCGGUCCUUACCACCCUGCCUAUCAGCAACCAUUACAACAACAACAUUUGAUGAUGAGUCCAACAAAUCCAUUUGGUGAUGCAGGCUUUGGGCAAUUUCCAGUGAUUCCUGUUGGCCAGCCGCAUGCUAGCAAUCCAUUUGGAACCACAAGUCUCCUGUAAUAGUCAUGUAUGAACAUUUGAUAGAUAUGUUGUGGCCGUUGCAAUUAGAUUUGGUUUCUUCCAGGAGUGAGAAAAUGAGCUUUCAGAUGGAUGGGUUUCGGCGUGAACUGUAUGUUUUGUAUGGCAUUGUAAAAGUCAAGUGAGGUAGUGAAAGAUGUGAUGAGUAGUUGAUACGGUCCAGAACGAUAUAGUAAUUAAUUUUAAAAAUUUCUCAUUAGGCUAAAGUCUUUUGUCUCUUGAAGUCGUACUUUCGAUCUUUCAAUUCACUGGAGUCCAAUCUCCAUCGAGGGAUUGGUUCCCAUGAAUGACCUCAAUAGGAUGACCAAAGAUAAACGAUGCUUGUUCAGAAUGAACUAAUACAACAGGCUAAAUCAUUGAGGGAACCUCCUCCCUGCACCUCUGGUUCUUCUUCUUCUUCUUCUUCUUUUUUUGCCUAACAUCAAAUGAUAAAUUAUACAAUACGAGAUAGCAAUAUAUUUUGUCUUCAUUCAAUCACCAGCAUCUCUUAUCUACUCUUUGGUUCAUAUUCAGGGAAUGUAAAGAUCAUCCCCAAGUCUCAAACCAUCAUUGAAAAACACCAAAACCAUUUAAUUCCUCAAGUACCCCGCCCUUUUCUUGUGAGACAGAGAAGAGAAUAUAUUAUAGUAUUAGAA